CAUCAACUUCCGGUUAGCAGGUGCUUGCAGAUUUGUAUACAAAUAAUGUCAAAGCUGUUGAAACUAGGGGUUUUAAAGUAUUUUAAACCUCCCAGUGUUUUAAAAACUAAUAUAGCUAGAACUUCAUCCACAGUCACAAGAGUCUGUUCAUGCGGUUCAUAUGUACAUAAUAUUAAAAGAAGACCGAAAGAACAACAGACAUACAGACAACAAACUCAAUUGUCUUGUUCAACAACAUCAAACAGUGUGAACAACUCUGAAUUAUCAGUUAAUAAGUAUGAAGAAAUAUCAGAAGAAACAUUACAGUCAUUGUCUGACAAAUUUGAUUUAUUAGCUGAAACUAAGGACUGUGAUCCUGAAUAUGAUGUAGCAUAUGCGGAUGGUGUGUUAACAAUAAAGAUCAGUGAUAAAUGGGGAACGUAUGUGAUCAACAAACAGUUACCUAAUAAACAGAUCUGGUUAUCAUCUCCUAUUAGUGGUCCAAAAAGAUAUGAUUUUACAAAUGGUACUUGGAUUUAUUCUCACAACGGAGGAUCCUUACACCAACUGUUAACUGAGGAAAUAUCCCAAGCUCUUUCUGAUGACAUAGACUUCAGUGACUGUGAAUACUCGAACCGUUAGUAGGUUGUGUAGAUUGUUAUGUUCUCAUUUUUAUGUGUUUUUUAUUGCAUGUUGGUGUGAUAUCAUGUUAUUUUGUUAUUUAAUUUUUUAUAUCUUGAUGAUAUGACAAUAAAAUCUACUAAAUAA